UAACCAGCUCUAGGCUACCUAUUUCACUCUCUGAGAGCUCUCCGGAAUCUUCUGGUUCCUCACCACAUUCGUUAAGAGAUUCACAAGACUUCAACUAAUUUUGGACUCAACGGAUGUUAACGCCAACUUUUUAGUUAGUGAAGACGCAAAUAUUCAAAUGGGUCUUAACAAGUGCAUGCUACGAAAGCAUAAAAAUAAUCGCAAGCCGAGGACGCCAUUCAGCACCCAACAGCUUCUUUCCCUGGAAAGAAAAUUUCAGCAGAAGCAGUACCUCAGUAUAGCAGAACGUGCUGAAUUUAGUGCAUCGUUACAACUCACUGAAACACAAGUGAAAAUUUGGUUCCAGGUGAUUAAAAAGCGAUCUAAUGAAUGGAUGACAUGGUCAAUAGUGGGAGAAAGUAUGAGGAGCCUCUUUCUUUUACAUUUGAUGCGUGGUUCAUGA